ACCAAAUUGAAUAAGCAUCAACAUGUAACACACAGAAAUGUGACUUCCUCCAGGAGACGGCAGCAGCAGACGGCAGGCAUCCUGCACUGGGACAGACGGCAGGCAUCCUGCACUGGGACAGACAGCAGGCAUCCUGCACUGGGACAGACAGCAGACCGCAGGCAUCCUGCACUGGGACAGACAGCCUGGGUCACUAUCUGAAUCUACAAUGCCUGUAGCUCAGGGGUUACAUACUAGGACAUGUGUCCUGCUCACAUCACUGGUUCUCCUGCUGAAACCUACUGUGGCAUUUUCCAGCUUUUUCUCACCCAGAGGCUUGUACUGCAGCCUGACGGAGUGCUGUGAGGAGGAAAAGCCAUUUAAGAGCUCAGCUUUGCAGACUGACCUGCGUGACAAGCUCUUCGGGCAGCACUUGGCUCAUAAUGUCAUCUUACGGGCGCUGACGGGAUUUAUGAACACUGAAAACGCCAAGAAACCUCUGACCUUAUCACUACAUGGCUGGACAGGAACUGGGAAGAACUUUGUCAGCAAAAUUAUUGCAGAGAAUAUUUACAAGCUGGGGAUGAAAAGCAAAUCUGUCCAUCUCUUUGUAUCCAGCCUGCACUUCCCACACAACCGAUCAAUCUCUCUGUACAGGGACCAGUUGCAGUCUUGGAUUCGGGGGAACGUCAGCCGUUGUGCUCGCUCUAUAUUUAUAUUUGAUGAGAUGGACAAGCUUCACCCUGGUCUUAUCGAUGCCAUCAAGCCUUUCCUGGACUAUUAUGAAGACCUUGAUGGAGUGUCUUACCAUAAAGCUAUCUUCAUUUUCCUCAGUAACGCAGGAGGUGAUCUGAUCAAUAGAGAAGUGCUGAAGUACUGGAUGUCGGGGAAGAAGAGGGAGGAUUUACAGUUACACCAUAUGGAAUAUGUGCUCUCCCUAGGAUUAUUCAACAACAAAAACGGUGGGUUUUGGCACAGCAGCCUGAUUAACAAGAACCUCGUUGACUUCUUCAUCCCCUUCCUGCCACUGGAGCUCAGACACGUGAAGAAAUGCAUCUUAGCAGAACUAAGACAGCGCGGGCUAAGAGAGGACGAAGAGCUGGCAUCACGGGUGGCUAAAGUGAUAUCCUCUGACAAAGGCUGCAAAACUGUGUUGGCUAAGCUGGACCUUCUACUGUAGCCGCUGCCAUGUCUCCGUGCCACCAACACAGCAAUAAUGGCCCCACGGCCUUUAGAUACAGACUGCCAUCCCCCAUUAUACCGUUCGUCUUAUUCCCCCAGAGUGUGAUUUGGGAUCAUUGCUAGUCACACUUAAUGGCUGUUACAUGUGUUACAUAUAUACCUUCAGGUCUCAGAGAUACACCAGCGUGGCCUUACGUCUUACCAGAGAUCAGCGAUAACAAGCAGAAACCAUUAUGUGCCCUGCUUUUGGUCCAUGUCUCCUUUAUCUUGUUCUCUAUGGCUCCUGGCCUGUGCUUUGUAUUGUAGCAGUGGAGGGUUGUGUAUGGGAUGUGUGUUGUAGCAUUAUAUAAAACUGCUCUAUUUUA